AUAAACUGGCAUUGUUAUUAUCACCGAACUAAUGAUAAAAAAAGGAUUUUGUAAUAUUUUCAAAUGUAAUUUAGCUUUUCCUUUUUCUUUUGCGCCUCAUUUUUAUUUGGUUUUGUUUUAUAAAUUUUGCUCCUAAAUUCUACUGAUUGCUUUUGCUUUGUUUAUUUGAUUUAAGAAAAAUCAGUCUCUGAUCAUAGAAGCACGUGGUAGCUUACAUGUCUUUGCAAGCUUUGUUUAUAGAUGCUGUUGCUAUAAAUUGUGUGACUGAUAUUAUGGAACCUGAAGUCCAUGAUUGCUUGAUGCUUUCCUUCUUGGGGCCUUCCAUGGCUGUUCUGAACAAGUUUGGCAUCCUUUUGUCAGAAGAGAAUGCAGUGAUAGUCCUGUGAUUGAUGGUUCCAUGGCUAAGUGACUAGCAUCUUUGAGCUCUUUGUGCUUUGCCUGACAUGCUCGUCAUGAAAAUGCUUUUGGAACACAAACAUACAAUGUUGGAAGGCGGCAUAGCAAUCAUGACAAUGGCCACCAUUAAGUCAUGCUAUGUUUUGGCCAUUAAGGCAUUGCUAAUGUUUUGUCACUCUAUGCAGAUUUAAUAUGGCAAAAGGAGAAGAAAUCAGAAAUGCUAUUUUGAUCAAGCUGUUAAAAGUGCCCCAGGUUUUUGCUAUGUCCUGGCUUCUUAUGCAUAAUUCCUUUGGGAUGUUGAAGAAGAUGAAGAUAAAGAUAAAGACUGCCAACAUAAUACUGAUCAAAGCUACACUACCAUCUGAUCCUGUCAAGUUUCUACUAGGAUUGGAGGAAGAAAGAGAAAGCUCUUGCCGGAUCAUCAUGGAUGAUGCCAGUGUAACACGUGGUUGUCGUCUGGUGGAGCAUCAUAUGAUCAGAGGUGAUUGUGAUGAUGCAGACCUUGUGAUAGAGAGCAAAUUUAUCACAUAGAAUUGUGGUAUUUUUGGAAUCUUUGAUGCACUGAUUGUACAUAGAAAGCUAAUCUACUUAUUACUUUUUUUUUAAAUUUAAUUUCAGAAAAUUGGUCACUGAACUAUCAAUGAAGCACGUGACACAUUGAACUUAGAGUGGAUGGUCCUGUAUGCAUCACUACUUUAUUCUUAAUUAUUAAUCGAUUGUUGUCUUUUAAUUUAUUAAUUGCUGCAUUCCAAUGGCAACAACUGGUAUGCACAGUUUAUUAGUG